AUGAAGUUCGGCAAGACGUUUGUGACCCACCAGGUGCCUGAGUGGUCGCACUCGUACAUGAACUACAAGGACUUGAAGAAGCAAAUCAAGACAAUCGUCGCACAGCAACGGCUCGCGGCGCCAGGCACUCCGGAUGCAACGCUCAAUGACACCACCGUCAAGACUUCCCUCGCAACCUUUUUCUUCGCGCUUGACAGAAACGUCGAACAGGUCGACGACUUCUACAACAAGCAGUACUCGGAGUACGAGCGGCGGUUGCGCAAGUUAGCGGCACUUUUGGGUGGUAGCACAUCGCAACUGGCGCUCAACCUCGCGGCCGUCAUGGACGAGGACGAGGUGGAGGAGUUGAUCAGCGUGUUCCUCGAGCUCCGCAAUGGCUUGCGCAACUUGAAGUGGUUUGGCGAGUUGAACAAGCGUGGGUUUCAGAAGAUCUUGAAGAAGUUGGACAAAAAAGUGGGCACCCAGCAGCGCGCGGCGUACUUGCACGCGCGCGUCAAUGCGCUCCCGUUCGCACACGAAGGCGAUAUCCUUAAACACCUCGCGUUGAUAAAUGGCCACUUGGGAUCCUUGGGGCAAAAGGUGGACGAGAUCAAAAGCGUUCCAUCCCCGGCUGUCCCGCCCUCUGGCCCCGAAUCACCCCCGCUCCACGAGACGAAACUAGCCAAAUUUAACGGAUUUUUGAGCGAUAACAAUGCGGACGCGAUGCUCGCAAAAUUGAUUGUGGAGUACCAGUCACCGGUGCUUGCGCCGCACCGGCUCCUUCUCUCGUUGUUGAACCAGGCGACAAUCUAUAAUGCAACGCUGUGUAUCGAUGCGCUCUUGCAGAUCCUCCCGUCUCUCGCGAACCACUCAGACGUGACCAGCCGUAACUACUUCCACAAUCACGUAAUUGCGUUGGGAAAGGCUACGAAGAGCGUGAGCGAACCCGUAACGCCGGUGAGCGGAAUCCGCCGCAACCUCUCGUCGAUCCAGCCGGCGUCGAUGCUCUCGAACGCCCAUGAACGCUUGUUUCGCGCGUUUGGGCCGGACGGCGUCAAUUCCAAUGACUCUCGCGAUGGACUUGCGCACGCGCUCGAGCACUUGCCUAUCCAUUUGCGUCCCGCAUUGUUACAGCGCGACAACCACCGGCGCACGCCGUUACACUACGCAGCGCAGUACGGCUUGAUCGCGGUCACGCAGUUGAUCAUGGAGUACCUCCAGGAGUGGGGCGUAUGGGAUGCGCGUAUCGCUAUCGACCGCGUGGACUACUGGGGCGAUGCGGAAGGUCUCACCCCGUUGCAUUUGUCGGUGUUGGGCAGUCACCCGUUGACCGCACGCACGUUGAUCGCCGUGAGCGCGCCGUUGAGCUGUCCGGGCUUGCUCGUAUUAGCAACUAAGUUGGAUGCCGCGCCCGUGGCGGAGGUGUUGCUCGACAGUCCAGGCGUGGACAUUGACUUCGUGGAUGUGCCGCAUAAUCAGGAGACGUCGUUGUACAUUGCGUGCAAGAUGGACUUUGGCGCGUGCGUGCAGCUCCUCUUGAUGCGCGGCGCAAACCCGGAGAUUGGCGAGGCCACGUUUGGUUGGACACCACUCUUCGUCGCGGCGGCGCAAGGUAAUCGCGAUAUCGUCGCGCAAUUGGUUGCCGCCGGUGCGCGUUACGACCUCGCGGAUGAGAGUGGCUGGUUGCCCAUGGAGCAUGCGUGCCUCCGCGGGCACUUGGUUAUUGCCGACAUGCUUCGCCCCGUGGACUAUGACCCGCGUGGCCAGAUGCCGUCGCCGUUGCCCGCGGCGCUGGCACUGGAAAUCCUGACGUCCCCAAUGUACCUGUUGAACGCAUCAGCGUCUUCCGUCAACAGGUUGCCAGAAACGGUCAGCGACAGACUCCACAAGCUGCUUAAUCAGUCGCCACCACCGCCGCCGGUCAAGUCUUUUGGGCACCGGUUCCUCCAACCAGACGAGUCGUUGGUGCUCAUCACGUUGGGAACGACGGAUGCGCGCGAUGACACUGCGGCGAUCCUGCUCCACAAGGUGCCGGUGUCGCGCAUCCACGCGACCGAGCUUGACACGGCGCUAUCGGUAGUGGUGCACAUCCGCAAUGCGCCGGACGUGCCGCCGGUGGUUCUAGACCUCCCGUUGGAUGACACACAUGGUGGCGCGACGGAGCCACUCCAGUUCAAACUCACGGGGUGCGAUGCGGCGCAGCUUGUGGUGGCGUUUGACAUUGUGCCGACGUAUCAGGCCAGCGACCAGAAGCAGCGCGUAUUGGGGCGCGCCGUUGCGUUCUUAAAGAACGUAUACACGGCGGUGGGGAAUGAUCGGCGUUCGUUGCACCAGGUUGCGACGGUGCCCAUCAUGGAGGCAGAAUCGUUGGAGGUCUUGGGGAGUGUGCGUUUCGAGUACACGUUAGUAACGCCGUUCCAACACCCGCAUAUGGCUGUCGACCGCACCGAUACGUACUGGAAGUCCUUGAUCACGACGCGCGUUAUUGGUCACCGCGGUAUGGGGAAAAACGUGGGCGCGCGUACGUCUUUGCAGUUGGGUGAGAAUACUGUUGAGUCGUUCAUCGCGGCAGCGUCGUUGGGCGCGUCAUAUGUCGAGUUUGAUGUGCAGUUGACGAAGGACCACGUGCCCGUGGUUUACCACGACUUCUUGGUCGCUGAGUCGGGUGUGGAUGUGCCGAUGCACGUGUUGACGGUGGAACAGUUCUUGGGGUUGUACCAGGGAGGAAAGGCGGUACAUGAUGACGGCGUAAUCCGGAUGAGGCCCAAGUCGAAGUCGUUUAUUUCUCCAAGGGGAUUGGGGGAUGAUGACUUGAGCUUUACGUUUAACGACAGGAUGAAGUUAACCAAGACGUGGAAGGAUAAGGGCUUCAAGGGGAAUGCGCGGGGCAGCUCCAUUGCGUCGCCCUUUGUAACGCUUGUGGACCUUUUCCGCCGUUUGCCCAAGAACGUUGGCUUCAAUAUCGAAUGCAAGUACCCGAUGUUAGAUGAGGCCGAGAAGGAGGACAUGGGUGAGAUCGCUAUCGACAUUAACCUCUGGGUCGACACUGUGUUGCAGACCGUGUACGACCACGCGGACGGUCGUGACGUCAUCUUCUCGUCGUUCCACCCGGACAUCUGCGUCCUCCUCUCGCUCAAGCAGCCAUCUAUCCCCAUUUUGUUCUUGACCGAGGCUGGUACGACCGCCAUGGCGGACGUGCGCGCGGCGUCCCUCCAGGCCGCGAUUCGCUUCGCGCGCACUUGGAACCUCCUUGGAAUUGUCUCCGCCGCAGAAACGCUCGUCAAAUGCCCGCGCUUAACCAGCAUCGUCAAGGCGAGUGGGUUGGUGUGUGUGACGUACGGAGUGUCCAACAACGACCCUGCCUUGUCGCAGCUCCAAAUGGACAAUGGAGUGGACGCCGUAAUUGUGGAUAGUGUGUUGGCUGUCCGGUCUGGCUUGACCAAGAGAGAGGCAUAAGCAUAGACGAAAUUACUAGAGUUGGAUGUGUAUUCAGUAGGGCGGUGGGAGUACCAGGUAGAGGAACUAAAUUCAGAGCUUGCAGUGAUAGACAUGGCGUAUACCGUCCGUGUUAUAGAACACUGGAUGCAAGUCAAUUACCACUGCUGGGAUAGUCUGCAGCGCGUAGGUGUCAUAUGUCCAAAAUUGGAUAUAGAGGAUUUCAAAGAGGUUAUGGGGGAGUCGAUGAAAUAGACUACAGCUGGACGGAGCGACGUCCAUCCUUUUAGACUACUAAGCUCUUGGGAAACAAUCUCUACUCAAUAUCGUUCUUUGGUACUAUGUGAGAAUGGGUUAUGACAAUAUUUGAUUAUCGAAGUGUGCUUCCUGCUUUGAAGAGGGGUUUUUA